CAGCAAAAUAUGCGUAGAAUACACAUGCACGCCUUUACACACGAGACCAAGCAAGGCUAAGGCAGAGAAUUUCACAGCUUCUUCUCCGGGUUGCGUUUUCACACAGCUCCCAGUAGAUGGAUAUUGACAUGGACUACGAAAGACCAAAUGUUGAAACCAUCAAAUGCGUGGUUGUCGGGGAUAACGCAGUAGGCAAAACUCGCCUGAUCUGUGCAAGAGCCUGUAACACCACCCUGAACCAGUACCAGCUGCUGUCAACACAUGUCCCAACAGUCUGGGCAAUUGAUCAGUAUCGUGUCUGCCAAGAGGUUCUUGAACGCUCUCGUGAUGUAGUUGAUGAAGUGAGUGUUUCUCUCAGGCUCUGGGACACAUUUGGAGACCAUCACAAAGACCGACGUUUUGCUUAUGGAAGAUCCGACGUUGUGGUGCUGUGCUUUUCCAUUGCUAAUCCUAACUCCCUGAAUCAUGUGAAGACAAUGUGGUGUCAAGAGAUCAAGCACUUUUGUCCUCGCACCCCUGUGAUUCUGGUGGGCUGCCAACUGGACCUUCGCUAUGCUGAUCUGGAAGCUGUCAAUCGAGCCAGGAGGCCUUUGGCAAGGCCUAUCAAGAGAGGAGACAUCCUGCCACCAGAAAGAGGCAGGGAAGUUGCUAAAGAACUUGGAAUACCCUAUUAUGAAACCAGCGUCUUUGAUCAGUUUGGCAUCAAGGAUGUCUUUGAUAAUGCAAUCCGAGCAGCCCUGAUUUCCAGGAGACAUUUGCAAUUCUGGAAAUCCCAUUUGAAGAAAGUCCAGAAGCCUUUGCUCCAAGCUCCAUUUCUACCUCCAAAGGCUCCUCCCCCUAUUAUAAAGAUCCCAGAGUGUCCCAUCCUCAAGAUCAAUGACGUGGGAUACUUACUGGACAAUCCCUUGUGUGCAGACGUGGUCUUUAUUCUUCAGGAACAGACUCAAAUUUUUGCUCACAAGAUCUACUUAGCUACCUCUUCAUCCAAGUUUUAUGACCUUUUCUCAAUGGAAUGUGAAGAAACGCCAGACUUGACGGAAAGCUUUUGUAGUGAAGGUAGUAAUCUCCCAACCAGAACCUCUAGCCUUGAAGUUGUUGACCAGGGAGCGGAAGGGACAGCUGCACCGUCUUCUGCUUCGACUGAGGGCCUCCAGGUAGAGCCUGAAGCAGGAGAAGCCACCUGCCCAAAAGGUUCAACUCUCUGGGGCAAAGGUUUCAUUAGUCUACAUCAAGAAAUGCAGAUUAAUCCUGUUUCAAAGAGGGUCUGUGCAGUGACGGUUGUCAAGAUGGAGGCCUCCAUCCAAACGGGACCUUUUAAAACCGUCCUGCAGUUUUUAUACACGGGGCAUCUGGAUGAAAAUGAAAGGGACCUCACCCAGGUAGCUCAGAUUGCAGAGAUCCUGGAAGUGUUUGACUUGAGGAUGAUGGUAGAAAACAUCACCAACAAGGAAGCCUUCAUGAACCAGGAAAUCACAAAGGCUUUCCAUGUCCGGAAGGCCAACAGGAUAAAAGAAUGCCUCUGUAAGGAGACAUUUUCUGAUGUGACAUUUGUGUUGGAAGAUGGAAAGAUAAAUGCUCAUAAACCGCUUCUAAUCUGUAGCUGUGAAUGGAUGUCUGCCAUGUUUGGAGGAUCCUUUGUGGAGAGCUCAAACAGUGAGGUUGUUCUCCCCAGCAUCACUAAGACUUCCAUGCAAGCCGUUCUGGAUUACCUGUACACCAAGCAACUGUCCUGCAGCCAGGAUUUGGACCCCCUUGAGUUAAUUGCCCUGACCAACCGAUUCUGCCUGCCCCAUUUGGCCGCACUGGCAGAGCAACACACGGUGCAGGCGCUCACCAGGACAGCCAUGAGCGGUGUAUGCAUAGAGGGAGAAGUGUUGUAUGUUUUGGAAAUAGCCCAGUUCCACAAUGCUAAGCAGCUGGCAGCUUGGUGCUUGCAUUACAUCUGCACUAACUAUAACAGUGUUUGUUCGAAGUUCCGAAAGGAAAUUAAAAUGAAAUCUCCUG